GGACACUGCUGCUGUUAUAUCUCAGUCACAUGGUAUACCUAGAUAUUGGCAAACAAACUUGGUUCGACGGUUUGUUUGAAACCCCCUGAAGUCAUGUACGCAUAUCUGUAUCCAGCGGACGGAGAUAUAGAGGGGAAAUGGCUUCAGAUGGCUCUAGAGGCUCAUCUAGUCCAAAGUUGGAAGUCUCUUCUUCAACAAGCCUACUGAAGGCAAGAAUUGAGACAGACAAACAAAGGAGUGAAUCCGUGGAUUCACUCUGACAUGGGUGACAUUUAGGGUGAAUAGUUACUUCCUUCCUUUCAUGUGAAGAAUCAGUUUGUUUGUGGAAGAGGAUUAGAUUUAGGUGGAACAAAACCACGACGCAAGGCGGUCACAAAAAGCGAAAGAACACACUUUAGGAGUAACUUCGUACUUAGUGACAGAUAUUCUUCAAUGUGGUAAUGGGGAAUAUACUGCGAAUUUAGCACAUCAAGAGAUCGAGGAAUGUUAUGAUAGACAGCGCGCUAGUCCCGAAGCAGAGUAGCGUUUUCGCGUAAAAGUCGCGCCUGGGGGCUCCUUCCCUUUCUGGCCAUACCGGCUCGAGCAGCAACAUCAAACGUCCCGAGCUGGGCCAUACACACCCACACCCGCUGCUAUACUCACUAUCCAUCUGUCGGCCUCUUCUCAGUCUGUUACGGAUGUUGGUGCUUUCAGGAGUCGGAGUUACAUCCUCAGGUAGCGACAAAUAACCCUCCUGUCCUUGUUCCGCCUGUCUUUCCUACCCCUGUCGUCCUCCCCUGUCGCUGGGAUUGAUUGUUUUGCAGAAGUUUGUCGCCCAGCAAAUACCGGGACACAAGAAGAAAGCCGCUCAUGUCAACAUUGCCAAUCUAUCCUAUAUUCGGUUCCAUAUAUCGUCAUUUUUGCUCUUUAUAAGCGGUUUUCCUUGGCCGUAGAUUAUUCCAAAGCCCCUUACUGAACGUCUUUCCCAAUUCCUCCAAAGUAUCCGUCCCCCAACCCCAGAUCACAGAGCUGAAUAGAGCGGCGCCAGACAACCAAACCACCAAACCACUAUUCGAUAUCCGUCAACAAUGGCAGAAACCGGGGGAGAGAAAGGACGCAUGAUAGCCACACACCUUGCGGUUAAGAAUGAUUCCUCUGCAAUUGCUAAACUUGCUUCUCCACCCGGCUCCAAGUCCCAUACCCCGCCAACUACUACAAAACCUCGAGCCGCUAUUUUCAAUCCCUCACUUGAUUCAACAAAACUUCGACAUAGACAAGACUCAGAACCAAUAAAUCCAGAUGCUCUUGCUCGCGCGCUUAAGGAUUUUGAAGAAGCGGGCCGGCCCCGGGAGAGAACACCAGGCACGAGCCCGAGUCGCAAGCGGCAACGGGUUUAUGGAGAUAGGUUCAUCCCAAACCGCGAAGGCCAGGAUUUACAAGCCAGUUAUAGCUUACUUCAUGAAGAUGGCUGCCCUACGACCCCCUCAAAGGCGAAAAAGAGAACGCCCCAUGGAGAGCUACAUUUCCAAAAGACUGAGGAAGCCAAUCGUACAUACUCCAGAGUGCUUCGGAGCGAAGUCUUUGGAGAUACCGUCCCACAGCCCGAUCUACAUUCGCUAUCGCCUGACCCGAUUUCUGGGUAUUCAACAAAAAUCCAUGACCCUACCCGCUCACGAACUCCACCCUCAUACAAAGCCGCUUCCUCCUUACCUCCCGCAAGCAUAACUCCCUCCACUCCCAGCAAAAACCUCUUUUCUUAUGCCUCCCCUCGACAUGUUUCUGGAAACCCUACACCUUCUCGGACGCCUCGUAGUGGGCAUGGCCCAAACCUCAACGUUCAAUCUGAACUCUAUAGCUUGUCCCCUAUUCGAUUCGAUAGCCAGCGGAUUCUGCAGAGCAUGCGCAAGCAACCGCGAUAUGUGAACAAAGUGCCAUUUAAAGUUCUAGAUGCGCCCGAUCUAGCGGACGAUUUUUACCUCAAUCUAGUGGAUUGGGGUAGUAGUAAUAUACUGGGUGUGGGAUUGGCGUCGGCGGUUUAUAUGUGGGAUUCGGUGAAUGGUCAUGUUACCAAGUUAUGCCAGCUGCAAGAUGACACCGUAACGAGUGUCAGUUGGAUUCAAAGGGGGACCCACCUUGCGAUCGGAACUGGGAAGGGAUUGGUACAAAUCUGGGAUGCCGAACACUGUCGACGGUUACGAACAAUGACAGGCCAUACACUACGAGUGGGUGCUCUUGCCUGGAACGACCACAUCCUCACAUCGGGCUCCAGGGAUAGAACCAUCUUUCACCGCGAUGUGCGAUCUCCAGAUCAAUAUCUACGGCGACUUACAGGCCACAAGCAAGAAAUCUGUGGACUCAAAUGGAAUACUGAGGAUGGACAACUAGCAUCUGGCGGGAACGACAAUAAAUUAAUCGUCUGGGACAAACUAAACGAAACACCUCUUUUCCGAUUUUCAGACCACAUAGCAGCUGUCAAAGCGAUCGCAUGGUCUCCGCAUCAACAUUCCCUAUUAGCGUCAGGCGGUGGUACCGCAGAUCGAACAAUAAAAUUUUGGAACACGCUUACUGGUCAUCAGAUCAAAGAAGUCGACACAGGAAGCCAAGUGUGCAACCUCGCCUGGUCGAAAAACUCCGAUGAAAUCGUCAGCACCCAUGGUUACAGCCAGAACCAGAUCGUUGUCUGGAAAUACCCGCGCAUGGAACAGGUUGUAUCUUUGACGGGCCAUACCUUCCGAGUUCUAUACCUGGCUAUGAGUCCUGAUGGGCAAACUGUCGUUACGGGCGCUGGGGACGAGACGUUGCGGUUCUGGAAGAUAUUUAAUAAGAAGGGGUUGAAGGAUGAUGGCAGGGAAAGUAAAUACCACUCUUACGCGACUAUCAGGUAGCUUGCGGGAUUUUCUUCUCUUUUCCCCAGGUGACUCCUUUUACCGCUACCGGGUUUCUACCUUCGCUACAUCUUUCGAUCCCUCCAGUUUAACGAGGACGGGGAACACUUACUUCCACCUUCACGUGUUCCAAGCUUUGUGUCUUUGCUUUUUCGUUUUUUUUUCUCUCUUCCAUUUUUCAAUCUCGAUCGAAACGAAUAUCGCCCACUUAAUCCUGCUCCCCUUCUUACCUGCUUCUUUUUCUUUGUGUCACUGUUUUCUAAAGGAAGAAACUUCGAUCUUUGUUCACUUUUCUCCCUUUCCUUCUUUUCUUUUUCUCUUUUCCCCUGUGCUGUAUUUCUUUUCUUUGAAACCUUCUAUAAGCAUUUUUCAAAGCGGCCCGGCCCUACUAGAGGGAGAUAUUUGGAAGUCAUGACUACUUUUGUUUCAGCGUUGGCGAUGAUGGCGGGACUUAGGGGAAAGGUUCUUGGGGUGGGCAGAUAAUAGGCGUUUGUCGGCGUUCAACUUCUUUCUUUCUUUUUUUCUACUUUGGUACCCUUCUGACUUUUACUGUCGCCUCCGUCCAUGAGGCUGUCCGUCCAUGAGGCGGCCGCUUUGUUCAAUCAACGUUUGCGGUGUUUGGGGGGACAUUAGAAUCCGGCAAUGUGAACCGGAGAGCGUUGGAAUGAGGAGGGCUUAUGGAAUGUUAAAUGCAGGAAGGGAAGGGGAGGGAAUGUGAUUGAGAAGUUAUAUACUAUUUAGUAUUUAUUUAUAAUUUUACCGGUUGACUUGUUGAAAUGAUUUCUGUAUCACCUAGCUCUUCUAUUUUCGCAUUUUCGUCCUGAAAUAGAAAAUUGACAUGAGUGCGAUGCAUUGGCGACGUGAUAUUCCUUAUCCCCAUCCCCAUCCGAUGGAUAUUUGUUUUGCUCUUUGUUUUUAGUACAUGAUACCAGAAAAUUGUUCAGUUUUACAGAAAACGAGGGAGCAGCAGAGUGCUAAAUCGAAAGGAUUAAUAGAGAAACAGGGGGUGGGAAAUGGGAACCCUUGGGUGGAAAGAAAAAUUAUAUAUAUAAAAAGGACAGAGCUUAGUAGCAAGCUAGCUAGACACAAAAUGGAACCAAAAGUACAAAAACAACAAAUGGAGGAAGGAUGGA